CAUGUCGUGACUGUGGGUGUAUAAUUGUUAGGUUUUUCGUCGGCCUUGGCUUCGAUUUUUUGUUUCAUUGUAUUUUCGUUGUCUAUAAAUACAGGGCAUAUCUGUAUGUCAUCCAUUGUCCGUCACAACCCAAUCUUAUUUUCCAUUCAUAUUCGAAGUCAUGAAUGUUGUUUUUCACGAUGUUGCUGCGCUUCACUCUGGGAAGGAGCAGUGGAAGAUUAUGGUCAAGGUUAUUAGGGUUUGGUAUAGCAAAGGUUUUGCCACUUCGAAGCUUCCCCUUUCGCUUGAGAUGGUUCUGAUGGAUGAUAAGGGUAACAAGAUCCAUGCCACAAUCAAGAAGACAUUGAUGUAUAAGUUUGAGAAGUUGCUGGUGGAUGGAAAUGUUUACAGUCUGUCUGGGUUUGUUGUUGUUGAAAGUUCUGGCGAUUACAAGACUGCAAAGCACAACUACAAGAUUUGCUUUAUGUUUAAGAUUGAAGUCCGCUCAAUGAACCACUUACCUUUCGAUGUGAAUCCAUACACAUUUGUGUCAUUUGCUGAGAUAUUAUCUCCUGCGUUUGAUGUGACUUGUUUAGUGGAUGUGAUUGGCAUACUUACUGGAGUGGGUGUUGAGAGGGAGAUUGUUUCUCAUGGGAAGAAAUCGAAAAUGAAUGUUAUUGAGAUUGAGUCUGCAGGGUUGAGGAUUGAGUGUGCGCUGUUUGGAGUAUAUGUGGAUGAGCUGACUAAUUUCCUUGGUGGUGGCGACAUCAAUAACCCUGUGGUUAUUGUACAGUUUGCUAAAGUGAAAUCUUUCCAAGGGAAUAAUAGUAUUCAGAAUGUUCAUGGUGCCACCAAGAUCAUGUUUGAUCCACCAGUACCCAUGGCUGAUGUUUUGAAGAGAAGGUAGUAUGGAUGUUUUAAGAUGGUGAUGAGAGGCAUAUAUUAAUUUCCAAUUUUAUUGUGUAGGUUUAUGGAAACCAAUGAGAGUGCUUCCCGUUCGCUUAGUCAAUUGUCUGACUCCAAGAGUGUGUCUGGCGAGGAUGACUUCUUGGUCCUGACUUCUAACAAGACAAUUUCAGAGUUGAAGGAUUUAAAAAAGGAUGGUGUCUUUGUUGUCUAUGCAACCAUUUGUUCUAUGGAAGAAGGAGUUGAUUGGUGGUACACUGCAUGUAUGUGUAAUAGGAAGGUUUUUGCUGAUGAGAAAAUGUUCUUUUGUGAGAGCUGUAAUAGGCAUGUUCUAGCAGUUUAUCCCAGGUUGUCAAUGUGAUUUAAGAGUGUUUUUUAUUUGCAACUAGGUUGUUAUUUGAGUCAUGUAGGAUCCUGAUUGUUGACAUUGUUAAUAUUGAAAUAGGUAUCGACUCCAGAUCACUGUGGAAGACCAUUCUGGUAGUGCAAACUUGGUCCUCUUUGAUAAGGAAGCAUCGUAAUUUGUUGGUAAACCAUGCGCUGUAAUGGUUGAAGCAUCUGAGAAAGAUGAAGCUUCGAAUGGGAUACCUGAGGAAAUAUCUAGCUUCAUUGGUACUGCAGCUUUGUUUAAGAUUGAGGUUAAGAAUUUCCAAAGUCAAAGAUUUGAUAGAUCCCGUUUUGAGGCCUCUUACCGUGUGAAGCGGGUUUGUACUGAUGAAGAUAUAAUAAGGUAGUUCCAAAAAAUGCAGUUAGAGAAUACUGUUGGGGCUUCUUCAAGUCGUGUGAUGGUGACACCUGAGUCCAAUAUGAAGCACAGAGUUGUUGCAAAGGAUUUGAUGGAAGAAUUUGUGAAUGUUCAAGGUGAGAAGUCACCUGAAACACCAAUAGCACUGUCAUAUCCAACCACUGAUUUGAAUGGAAAUACCCAGGACAUUAUAAACCCUAAGAGAAACUUAUCCACUGAUGAAGAAGAGCUGUUGUCUGUGAUUGGUAGGAAGAAGAAGGUGUCAGUGAAGAUUAAGAAGGUCACUAAUUGACAGAGUUGUUUGUGUGGGAUUUAUGCUAUAUGUUUUAAUUUCAAUUAGGUGAUUAUGAAGAAGCAACUUUUAGUUGUCGUGUGUUAAGUAUUUAGCAAACUAAGUGAUUGUGAAGAAGCAACCUGUAGUUGCAUGAUGUUGUUAUGUGUAGGAACCUGUUGUCCACAGUUUUUUUUAUCAAGUGUUUAGUUUCUAAUGUUGGACCAUAGUCAGGAAGUGUACUCUAUGUUGCGUUCGUUAUUAUUAAUAUAUGGUUUCUAAGUUUCUUUGCAAAUUUUGUGUUGACUAAGCUGU